AUUUAUAAACAAAAUCCAAAAGGUGGUGCAGUUAUGCAAAACACGAGUCCAUAAAUCAUAAAUCUCCUUUCAACAAUUAGUUGUCAAAAUUGAAAAACUCCAUUUUCAUACAGCAAAUCAUUACCGCGUUUCUUCCCCACCAUCACUGUCCUUCUCCUCUAUACCUUCUUUUGAGUUCUUUAAUGGUGAUCAUCCACCAUUAAUUUCCUAUCCUACCAUUAUUAAUGGGUUUUCACCAACAUCGAACCUCAUCAAAUGAUGGAGCCCCCCAAAUCGUUAAUAGUCCACGUUACUCAAGUUCUAUGACACGCAGAGCUCCUUCUUUUAAGCGCAACAGUAACAAUGAUUCUACUUCUAAUUGUUCUACUCCUAAUAACAAUGGAGGAUCAAAUUCUCUUUCUACCCACCAUGAAAUUGACCUGAUUCUUAACUCUCCUAGAUCUGAUUCUGCUAUUACUACUCCUGUUUCUAAUGAUGGGUUUGAUUUAUUUGUUGAAAAGAAGCAAGCUCAAACUCAUUUUGGGAAUCUUAGUCAUAGAAUCAAAAAGAAUUCUACUAAUGUUCUUCUUGGAUCUGCUACUGUUAAAGGUGUUGUUGAGCUUGGUUUUAGAGAAAGGAAGAAGUUGGGUCAAUGGAUGUUUUUUCUGUUUUGUGGGGUUUGUUUAUUAAUGAGUGUUUUUAAGAUUUUUGAAAGUGGGUUAAUUGGAUCUAAUCUUGAUACUACUACUCAGUCUACUCACCAGGUUGAUUCUGGCUCUCAAUUCUUCAAAGAUCAGGUGGAUAGAAGUAUUCCUGAUUAUAAAUAUACAGGAGUAGAUGUUAGAGAGGGAGGCGGCAGUGAUGUCGAACGGUCUUUGAUGAUGGUGGCCUCUGAUGUAGUGUGUGAUGACAAUAGCGCAAGUAAAUGUUCAGACAUAUGGUUCCGACCUCGCAGUGGAAACUUCAGCCAGUGCAUUGAUCUGCCAAAGAAGCAUAAAAAACUGGAUGAAAGGACAAAUGGAUAUAUUCUCAUAAAUGCUAAUGGUGGCUUAAAUCAGAUGAGAUUUGGGAUCUGUGAUAUGGUUGCUAUUGCCAAAAUCAUGAAGGCUACUCUUGUUCUUCCUUCUUUAGAUCACACUUCUUAUUGGGCUGAUGAGAGCGGCUUUAAAGACUUGUUUGAUUGGCAGCACUUCAUGGACACAUUGAAGGAUGACAUCCAUAUAGUUGAAGCAUUACCUCCAGAGUUGGCAGAUAUUGAGCCGCUUAAAAAGACACCCAUUUCUUGGUCAAAGGUUAGCUAUUAUAAAUUAGAAGUACUCCCACUUCUGAAGCAGCACAAGGUGAUAUACUUCACGCAUACUGAUUCCCGACUUGCUAACAAUGGUCUUCCCAAUGGCACUCAGAAGCUGAGGUGUCGAGUCAACUACAGGGCAUUGAAAUAUUCAACUCCGAUUGAAGAACUUGGGAAGACCUUAGUUUCAAGAAUGAGACAAAAUGGCGGUCCUUUUCUUUCGCUGCACUUACGGUAUGAGAAAGAUAUGCUAGCAUUUACUGGCUGCGGUCAUAAUCUGACUGCAGAAGAAGAUGAAGAGCUCCAGAAGAUGAGGUAUGAGGUCAGUCAUUGGAAGGAGAAGGAAAUUGAUGGAUCGGAGAGGAGAAGACUUGGUGGCUGCCCAUUAACGCCAAGGGAGACUUCCUUACUUCUGAAAGGAUUGGGUUUCCCAUCUAAUACAAGGAUCUAUUUGGUUGCCGGUGAAGCUUAUGGUAAUGGAAGUAUGACUUACCUGACUGAUGAAUAUCCUAAUAUUUUCUCACAUUCAACGCUUGCCACGGAAGAAGAGUUGGAACCUUUCAGAAAUCAUCAGAACAUGCUGGCUGGUUUAGACUAUGUUGUUGCCCUCCAGAGUGAUGUAUUUGUCUACACCUAUGAUGGAAAUAUGGCAAAGGCGGUCAAGGGUCAUAGACGAUUUGAUGGGUUUAAAAAAACAAUCGAUCCAGACAGGAUGAAUUUGGUGAAACUUGUUGACCAAUAUGACCAAGGCAAAAUCACUUGGAAGAAGUUCAGUUCUAAAGUACAGAAACUGCACGAAGACCGAAUAGGAGGUCCAUAUUAUAGGGAAUCAGGCGAGUUCCCUAAAUUGGAAGAAAGUUUCUAUGCGAAUCCACUUCCGGGAUGUAUUUGUGAAACCGUGAAGAAACAGUCGGAUCAAAUGCUUGUUUGAAAUAAGUGCGCAUUCUUAGAUAGACGACUCUAGGAUUGCGAGUGUCUCCGAACAGCAUUUCAAAAAAGCUGCCAUUUUCGAGUUUCUAAAGAAAGAAGACCCAACUUUGUGGAAACCGGAAGCACCACGAACAUGUUACCGGGUGAGUUCUGAUGAUUAUCUUCAGAUAAAUGUGGUAUAUGGGGUUGUUUGGAUCAUUUGUCAUCACUCAUCAUUCUGGAUGGGCUUAGUGAAGAAAAGGGAAUACUCUUCUUUUUGAGCAGAAUUUUUGUUGUUUUCUCUAACAUGAAAUAGAGAUAUAUAAAUAAUUUGAAUUUGAAUUUUGGAAAUUAAUUGUAUAUGAAUGAUAUUUAACACAUAUUUUAUGAAAUACUUCAUGAAUACUUGAAGUGACUUUGUCUUCAA